ACCUGAAAUAUAUUUAUGGUAUUAUGAAUGUUAAUAUUUGUUGAGAUAAUCAACGACACAGAAAACUAUGAUUAAGUCAUCUAUCAUUUGUUGUAAAUCUCGAAUUUUCGUUGUUCCCUGAACGCAUCAGACGUCCCGCCAGUCGCGCGACCAACAAAAGCGGCUGGAGAAGAAACUAGAACUAUUACAGCUGAAAACAAAAUAUAUAUUUGCUAAAACGUUUACUUUUGUCACCUUUUUGUGGGUAACGUGAUCAAGUCGAACGAAAUUAGUUGCGUUGUGUGUUUUACCAGUUGCUGGAAGACAGCUAUCAAACUAUUAAUUAAGCUAACUUCCGAUUUUGGCUAAUUUUUUAGCUUUUAAUUUUGUAAGGCUUUGGCUUCUGUUUGAAAAUGAAAGUCGCUGAGGAUCAAGUUGUUGAAGAUGAGACAAGUUUUCAGGAUGACGAUGAGUCUUUCUUCCAGGACAUCGACCUCCUUCAGAAGCAUGGGAUUAACAUGGCAGACAUCAAAAAGCUGAAAUCUGUGGGUAUUUGCACUGUGAAGGGGAUCCAGAUGACCACACGCAAAGCCCUGUGCAACAUCAAGGGCCUGUCCGAAGCAAAGGUGGAAAAAAUCAAGGAAGCCGCAGGAAAAAUGCUGAACGUUGGUUUCCUGACAGCCUUCGAGUACAGCGCAAAGAGGAAGCAGGUGUUCCACGUCACGACCGGGAGCCAGGAGUUUGACAAACUGCUGGGUGGAGGAGUAGAGAGCAUGGCUAUCACCGAAGCGUUUGGAGAGUUCCGCACGGGAAAAACCCAGCUGUCCCACACACUUUGUGUUACAGCGCAGCUGCCGGGCGAGGACGGCUACUCGGGUGGAAAAGUCAUCUUCAUCGACACAGAGAACACCUUCCGCCCUGACAGGCUGAGAGACAUCGCUGACAGGUUCAACGUGGACCACGACGCCGUGCUGGACAACGUGCUCUACGCUCGAGCCUACACCAGUGAGCACCAGAUGGAGCUGCUGGACUUUGUAGCAGCAAAGUUCCAUGAAGAAGGAGGAGUGUUCAAACUGUUGAUCAUCGACUCCAUCAUGGCUCUGUUUAGAGUGGAUUUCUCCGGUCGCGGGGAGCUGGCCGAGCGGCAGCAGAAGCUGGCUCAGAUGCUUUCACGGUUGCAGAAGAUUUCUGAAGAGUACAACGUAGCCGUGUUUGUUACCAACCAAAUGACCGCUGAUCCUGGAGCAGGAAUGACAUUUCAGGCUGAUCCCAAGAAGCCGAUUGGUGGGCACAUCCUGGCCCACGCCUCCACCACACGGAUCAGCCUGAGGAAAGGGCGUGGAGAAAUGAGAAUCGCUAAGAUUUUUGACAGUCCUGAUAUGCCUGAGAAUGAAGCCACCUUUGCUAUCUCUGGCGGAGGAGUCACUGAUGCCAAAGAGUGAUGGUGAUCAAAUCAAAUGCAUGUUAAUGUUGACUGUUCAAAGUGCCCCUGUUAGGGUAUUUAUUCUAUUUAUAGCUGCAGUAUUUAUUAGUUUCCUCGAGCUUGUGUAACUGAGACGUGUUGCCCUUAAAUGCAUGUGUUUUAUUCAUGUUUGUGUUCAAAUGUUUUAAAAUAAAAGGUGAUGAAGUGAA